GGCUGCGCACGUCCACGCAAAGGGCGCCCCCCGUUUUAAGCGGGGAGCGGUCAUUCCUAUCAAAUGCCCUUCUCUAUAUCAGUCCUCCCUGAAGUCACUGUGAUAUCUUCUUUGAAUAUCAGUGAAUUCUGGGUAUACCAAAUACUUCCACUGAUAAAGUACAUUAUUACCCUGCAUAUAGUUAAUUAAAACAACAUUUCCCAAUAACAGUGACCUGGUCCAGAUCUGAAGUGAGGAAAAGAGGAGGAUUCAGCACCCAGCGGGUAAAACUAAUGAGAGUGUGUGGGUGGAAGUUUAAACAGUUCCCAGAUUCCCGCAGCAACACCUGCCACAAAGUUGUUUUAGUAAUUUGAUGCAGCUCACAAGACAAAGCCAGCAAAACAGCAAACCUUUUGAGGACUUCUUCUAGCUACAGGAGCAAAGCAAGCAGCAGGCAGCUGGUUAUGGAAAUUGUCAUCAAUCUCUUGUGGUCCUGGCUACCGGCGAGUCCCUCUCAGUUUUUCUAUUGGACUGUGGUGUUGAUCUUCAUCUGCGUCGCUCUGAAAGCCAUCCAGCUAUUCCAGACAAGGCAGAAACUGAUCAAGGGGUUUAGGAGUUUCCCAGGACCUCCCAGCCACUGGCUGUAUGGCCAUGUCCACAUGAUGAAACCUGAGGAAGAAUUCCUGAACGCAGCUGCAUGGACAGAAAAGUACCCGCACUGUUAUCCACGUUGGUAUGGAAAUUUCUUGGCUUUCCUGUGCAUCAACCACCCCGAAUAUGCAAAGACCAUGUACAGCAGAGGCGAUCCUAAAGCUGUUGUAACAUACAGCUUCCUAAUUCCAUGGAUUGGAAAGGGGCUUAUUACCUUGAAUGGGCCAAAGUGGCAGCAGCACCGGAAACUGCUGACUCCCGGAUUCCAUUACAAUAUUCUGAAGCCUUAUGUGACUCUUGUGGCAGAAUCAGUCAAGGAGAUGCUGGAUAUAUGGGGAAAGCUGGUACCAAAGAAUGGCACAGCAUCAGUGGAGAUGUCUCAACAUAUCAGUCUGAUGACUCUCAAUAUUAUUAUGAAAUGUGCCUUCAGCUACCAGAAAAAUGCUGAAACGGACAGGAAAACAUCCUACAUUCAGACUGUAUUUGAUCUCAACUCCCUCAUUGAUCACAGAAUCAAAACACCAUUUUAUCAGAGUGAUCUCAUUUACUGGUUGAGCUCCAAAGGGCGUCAGUUUUACAAAGCUUGCAAAAUAGCCCACCAUCACACAGAGAAGGUAAUAAGAGAGAGGAAGGAUUCCCUCAAGAAUGAGAAAGAGCUUGAAAAGAUUCUGAAGAAGAGGCAUUUGGACUUCCUGGAUAUUCUUCUUUGUGCAAAGGAUGAAAAUGGAAAUCCAUUAUCAGAUGAAGACAUACGUGCAGAAGUGGACACAUUCAUGUCUGCAGGUCAAGAUACCACAGCUAGUGGAAUCUCUUGGCUCUUUUAUUGUAUGGCCCAGAACCCUGAACAUCAGCAGAGAUGCAGAGAGGAGAUCAUGGAGCUUCUUGGGCAACAGGAAGAGAUACAAUGGGACGACUUGGGAAAGAUGACGUACAGCACCAUGUGCAUUAAGGAGAGCCUUCGGCUUUAUCCUCCGGUACCUCUUAUAGCACGAGAACUGAAUUCUCCUGUGACUUUUGCUGAUGGACGAACCUUACCAAAAGGCUUUCUAACUGCAUUGGAUAUUUAUGGUCUUCACAGAAAUCCUGAGGUUUGGGACAAACCUGAGGAAUUUAAUCCUCUAAGAUUCUCCACAGAGAAUUCAAAGCAUCGCCACCCAUAUGCUUUCUUGCCUUUUGCAACAGGGUCAAGGAACUGCAUUGGACAACAGUUUGCCAUGAAUGAGAUGAAGGUUGCUCUUGCCCUGACACUCCUGCACUUUGAGCUUUUGCCUGAUCCUGCCAACCUCCCGAUUCCAAUGCUGCAAAUUGUCAUCCAGCCCAUGAAUGGGAUAUAUCUGAAGCUGAAAGAUCUCCGCUGAUGCUUGCUAUUUCCACGGUAGUAAUGUUUGCUUCAGGACUAUCAAUUCCUGCCAAUAAAUAUUGGAAGGCCAUGAAUAUUAAUAUUAUGCAGUGUACUUCUGCUUUUCUUCUGAAGGGAAUUAUUGUCCUCUCUAGGCAUACAGAAGCUGGUUCAAAAUACAGCACCAUUUCCAAAUAUAGAUUCUUUCAGUAUUUUUAGUCAGCUAUUACUGCAAUAAAAACGUUCAGUAAUCACUUUUAUGUUCUCAACCCAACAAGCUUCCUUUAACCUACCAGGUCAUAUUCAGAAUAGAAUCAUUGAAAUAAAUGAACCGGAUUAACUUAAGUCCACAACUUGCAAGAUAUUUCCUUUGAGUAUCACUUAUUUGGGUUCUUUCUUUUGUCCAUUACACUUUAAUAUUCUAAUUAAGAACAUUAUGUAUGGGGCAUGGGCUGUCACCUUCAUUUGGGGGGGCCGGACUUAGGACAGUGGCCAUAUUCCUACUGUUAAUCAUGAAAACACAGUAUGUGGUCAUGAAUGAAUCCCCUUCUGUAACAUUUAAAAUAAGCUACCUUCUUGGAAAAACUCACACAGUGGCAAAUAAUGACAACUAUAAAAUUUCCUUUUCCUGUGACCUCCUCAAGCAGUGAUAGACUAGGAGUUAUCUUAGCUCAACAGCAGCUUUCUUCUUCUCAGUCCUAUCAGAAUAGUUGAGCAAAUAGCUACCAGAAGAUGGUAGCAAAUCAUUAUCCAGCCAAGACCCUGUUAAUUAUUUUAGACAAGUAUUUGCCCCUGGCAGAUGGGAUGUUGGGAUAGAGGAUAUUUAAUUGUCAUGAAUUCUUUGCUACCUUGCUGUGAUUUUAUGGCAAACUAUCUCCUGUGCCUAUUGAACCUGUCUACUGCAGAGCUUCGGUUAUUUACAAAUAUGCCUGGAUUUUAACUUUUUAUAUGUUUUACAUUGUCGACUUUGGGGGUUGUUCUUUUAAUAAAACAAAGUAUGCAUCAGUCUUUUUAAUAAUAAAUAGAUCAUAACUAUUCUGUACAGGGAGAAAUCUUGAUCUUUUGGACUUUCUCAUGUGUUGUAGUCCUUAAGUGGGUUCUCUAUUGGUAGGAGAAAAUAACAGAGACCAACCAGAGAAUAUUGAGAAGCAAAGCAGCUAGUAAGCCUGAUCUUUAUUAAAGCUGUUGCAACAGGGUGCUCUGCUCACAUGCCGGAUGACAGAGGAGGACUCAGAACAAAGGUGUGCCUGCCCUUAUAUAGACAUUUUAAAUUCCCUGCCCUGGAGCUCAAGA